UGCCCGCAGUCGCCUGGGCCGCUGCGGCUGACCACCGAGCCGUGCUCGCCUGCUCCCCGCCCGCUGGGACCGUGGUGAAGCUCUGUUCCCCAUACUGAGCAGUCCCGGAGAGGCGCUCGGACACGUCCCCAGGCUGGAUAAAGAUCGACUCGGAGCUCGCUCCGCAGCGAGAAAUCUCGCCAUCGGCGUGGCUCGCGUGGCCGCUUCGGCCGGGCCCCGAAGACGACAGAUCGCUAUCUGGGAGGCAGAGAGAAGGCAGCGCUGCCGCCACUCCCGCCCUGCGCGCAGGGUGGCUGCGGGGUCCUGGGGCUCGCCGGCCUCCCCUCCCCCCAUUUGGACUACCUUAUCCGCGCUACCUCCCUAGGGGCAUCUGCUUCCCGCCCUCCCGAUCCCCAGUGUCCCUCCAAGGCGCCCUCUCCCCACUCGCCAGGCCCCGCUGCCUUCUGAAGGUUACGCGGCGCGGCGACGGGGCGCGGCAGAGCACGGGGGGCACCCGCCCUCGCCGCCGCCCGCGCCGCCGCCCACCCCAGUGCCCGCCGCGCCGGGCCAGCCUGGCUGCCGGCUGCUGCCACCGCAAUCCCGGCUCCUAAAUCAGCGCGGGGAGGCGCCCCUUCCCCCACCCGGCUCCCCGGGCUCCCCGGGCCGCGAUUGGCCGCGCGUGCGCCCCCCAAGCUUGGGCCCCGGCUCCAGCUGCCGCGCCAUUGGCUGCGGGCCUCCGCCAGCCUUUACAUAAGCCCGGGCGCGCUCGAGUGGAGUUGUAUAAAGCGAGCGCGCGGCGUCGGGGCGGGAGGCUCGAGGCCAGCCCGGGACCAGGGCUGGGCGCUGCAAGGCGGCGGCGCCGGCGGCAGAGGCGGCAUCGAGCCCCAGCUCUCCGACGCCCCCAGGCGGUGGGGCUGAGAGAGCCAGAGGAUGACUCCGAGCGCAGACCCGGGCAUGUUCAGGAUGUCUUUGCUCCUGCUGCCACUGUGGCUUCUGCCUCUCGCUGGGGGAUCCCAGAGGGCUGAGCCCAUGUUCACUGCAGUCACCAACUCCGUUCUGCCCCCAGACUAUGACAGCAACCCCACCCAGCUCAACUACGGGGUGGCAGUGACGGAUGUGGACCACGAUGGGGACUUUGAGAUCGUCGUGGCAGGGUACAACGGCCCCAACCUGGUUUUGAAGUACAAUCGAGCCCAGAAGCGGCUAGUCAACAUUGCGGUGGAUGAGCGCAGCUCGCCCUACUACGCGUUGAGGGACCGGCAGGGGAACGCCAUUGGGGUCACAGCCUGUGACAUCGAUGGGGAUGGCCGUGAGGAGAUCUACUUUCUCAACACCAAUAACGCCUUCUCAGGUGUGGCCACAUACACAGACAAGUUGUUCAAGUUCCGUAAUAACCGGUGGGAGGAUGUCCUAAGUGACGACGUCAAUGUGGCCCGUGGAGUGGCCAGCCUCUUUGCCGGACGCUCCGUGGCCUGUGUGGACAGGACGGGCUCCGGACGAUACUCUAUCUAUAUCGCUAACUAUGCCUAUGGUGAUGUGGGGCCCGAUGCGCUCAUUGAAAUGGACCCUGAGGCCAGUGACCUGUCCCGGGGAAUCCUGGCACUCAGGAAUGUGGCGGCUGAGGCAGGGGUCAGCAAGUACACAGCGGGCCGGGGUGUCAGCGUGGGCCCCAUUCUCAGCAACAGCGCCUCGGAUAUCUUCUGUGACAAUGAGAACGGACCCAACUUCCUCUUCCACAAUCAAGGCAAUGGCACCUUUGUGGAUGCUGCAGCUGGCGCUGGUGUAGAUGACCCUCACCAACAUGGGCGAGGUGUGGCCCUGGCAGACUUCAACCGUGACGGCAAAGUGGACAUCGUCUAUGGCAACUGGAAUGGCCCACACCGCCUCUAUCUGCAGAUGAGUGCUCACGGGAAGGUCCGCUUUAGGGACAUUGCCUCGCCCAAGUUCUCUAUGCCCUCCCCAGUCCGAACUGUCAUUGUUGCAGACUUCGACAACGACCAAGAACUGGAAGUCUUCUUCAACAACAUCGCCUACCGCAGCUCGGCAGCCAAUCGCCUCUUCCGUGUUAUCCGCAGGGAGCAUGGAGACCCCCUCAUCGAGGAGCUCAAUCCUGGUGACGCCCUAGAACCCGAGGGACGAGGUACAGGUGGCGUGGUGACCGACUUCGAUGGAGAUGGCAUGCUGGACCUCAUCUUGUCACAUGGAGAGUCCAUGGCUCAGCCACUAUCUGUCUUCCGGGGAAAUCAGGGCUUCAGCAACAACUGGUUACGUGUGGUGCCCCGUACCCGGUUUGGGGCCUUCGCCAGGGGUGCCAAGGUUGUACUCUACACCAAGAAGAGCGGGGCGCACCUACGGAUCAUUGAUGGGGGCUCCGGUUACCUGUGUGAGAUGGAGCCUGUGGCACAUUUUGGCCUGGGAAGGGAUGAAGCCAGCAGCGUGGAGGUGACAUGGCCAGACGGCAAGAUGGUCAGCCGCAGUGUGGCCAGCGGGGAGAUGAACUCAGUGUUGGAGAUCCUCUAUCCCCGGGAUGAGGACAAACUUCAGGACACAGCCCCACUAGAGUGCGGACAAGGAUUCUCCCAGCAGGACAAUGGCCAUUGCACGGACACCAACGAAUGCAUCCAGUUCCCGUUCGUAUGCCCUCGAGACAAGCCCGUGUGUGUCAACACCUAUGGGAGCUACAGGUGCCGGACCAAUAAGAGAUGCAAUCGGGGUUAUGAGCCCAAUGAAGAUGGCACCGCCUGUGUGGCUCAAGUGGCCUUUUUAGGUGGGUAUUCUUCGGCUGCCUUUAGAAUCUCUGAGCCUCUCUCUCAAGCCUCAUAUCUUUCGCUAGGCCUUGGACUUUACCUUCAGUUAUAUGCACUUUAAAUUCCAUCAAUAAAGGAAAAAAAAACAAAACUCACAACCUUUGUGGAAAACUAUAUCUCUCCUGCUGCCUACCUCUCUCCACACCCAAUAGAUUCUGCCACGUGCUCCUUCAAGUGGACAGUGGGGGUGGCCAUCUUUGAGAAGGGAAGUUUGGGAAAUGCUGGCGUGACCCUAGUUGUUUGUGAAGCCUUUCUUUGCAUGUUUUCUGAGAAAACAGAAAAGGAAAGUGUCUCCUCUACCCCAUCCCUCGUUCCUUCCGAAGAACCAGGACAGUCCAGUCAUUUCUGUAUCUUUGUGAGCUUCUUAUUUUGCCCUUAACAAAGAUGGCUCCCAGGCGGUUGCUUGCUCAGUUGAUUCAGUGAUGUAUCAUGUGCCUGCUCCUUUGGCCUGUGCUGUUGCUGCUUUGUACAACCUGAUUUCCUAUGAUUAUGAAAGCCUUAUUGCGUUGGUGGUGGUGAUGGGAAGGGGAAGGGUGGCCCUUUGGGGCUCUUGAUAAAAAUGCUUAAGUUUGAACGUGCCAAGUCUUCCAGCCUCUUUUCUGGAGAAAUUAUGUCAAUAAACUCUCGGCUACAUAUUAGCGCCUAGCUAGUGGGGGCAGGGCGCCUGAGCCAGAACAUGCUGGUUGGAAAGCUGAAUUCACUGGGCCACUUCCACCAAGAGGGACGUGAAAACAAGCCACAACCUAAGGGGAGCACCAGGUCCUGGCACCAGCCGUGUGAAACAGCAUUGCACUUGGAGGACCAGGCAAGGAGUGUGGGGUGGGCGAAGGGCAGACCCAGGAGCAGUGUCCUCGGCGGCUCACUUGGGGGCAUUCGCUUCUCCACUCUGGGUCUCCAUUCCCUUUUCAUAAGUGGCAAGAGAGUUGGGUCAGUGUAUCCAUUCACCUCCUUUCCUCCCCAGCUCCUCCCUGUGCCACCGUACAUAGGUGUGGCUAAUCUCCAACAGUCCUGGUUUUCAGAAAGAACCUAACCACCCAGCUUUUGCAGUAUGCUUAGGAACCUGGAAGCGCCUGUAGCCAGAGCACCCUUUGGGGUGAUGUAAUACCACAGCACAUGCUCUCUCUCCACCAGCUCUGGUAGUGAGGGCACAUUGUAAAUCACAGAUAUAUUCUUCAUGGGGGGAAAAAGUCGCU